AUGGGGCGUACUUUUCAGAGAGUUCACUGCGCAUUGGUCGGCAAGUUUGAUGAUGGUAUCAAAGAGAAGAUACCUCAAUGGAUCCGCGCCAAUGGUGGCCAAUUCUCCCGAGCCGUCAACUCAAACGUCACUCACCUGAUUGCGACUGAGCAGGCCUAUAAAGACAAUGGAUCUUUGGUUCAAGUUGCUAAAAGCUCGGGAAAUGUCAAGAUUGUCUCGUACGAUUGGCUUGAGGACUCGUUGCAGGCACCCAACCGAAUACCCAAAAAAGAGGGACCCUACCUCCUUGAAAAUCUCACGAAGCCUGCCCAGCCUCAAGCCAAACCCAAAAAGGUUGACUCGGACCGAAUCACAAAAGUCCAGAAAGCGCGUCAAACCUUUCAUGCUAAGGAUGGUGUCGUCUACAACGUGACUAUGUUCCGUGCACCAAAGCCACCCUCAAAGACUCGGGAGAAAUGCCAACUAGCUGUCUUUGAGACGAUCAAAAAACCCCACUCCUAUUCGACAUUUGCCAAAUUCAGCCGGACAGGGAAGUCAACCGUCCAAAUCUUGUCAAAGCCGAAGGCCAAACUUGACUCGGCCAUUGCAGAGUUCAAUAAGUUUUUCAAAGAACAGACUGGCAAAGAAUGGAAAGAUAUGGGCGAUGACAAGGUACCUUCUCCAAAGGUUGGUGCUGGUGGCGAAUCUUUGCCUAUCCACGAAGGGUGGUUUUAUGCCGAGAGACCUAGGAGCAUUCUAGCAGAAUACUUGAGAGCCGCCCCAAACCUUGAAUGA